GACGACGAGACCCGGAAGCCCCGAGGUGCCAGCUCUGCUUUGUUUUGGUAGCAGGAGUUGGAUAAGAGGGAAUAGGCGGAGGUCCGUGCGGGAGAAAGCUGCUCGCUAAAUGGGGAGAGCCACAUCGGGGAUGGAAGAUGACGGACCGAUAGCUGACGACUGUACAAUGCCGAGUUUUAUUGGCAGUUUCGAGGAAGGGAGGGUGAAAUUGUCCCGCAACCUGCCGACAGAAACUUCCUUCACGGGCAGCAAAGUUGAGCGGUCGGUCAAAGAUUUGAGCCGCCGUGUCACCAGGUCAAACUCGGGGUUAUCCCUGGACGGAGGCGAGAGGGAGUCGGAGGAGAGGGACAGCGAGGACGAGAAGGAUGCGAAGGGCAACAACAACAACAACUGCAACGGCGGAGGAGGGGGUGGAGGAGGAGAGAGGCGGAGGCCGAGCGCUGUCGAGAUUUUGAGGUGGAAUUUCGGGGUUUCGAAAUCUCCCUCUCUCCGUUUAAACACAAACACUCGGAUGCAGCGCGGCGACAGCCACGAAGGAGACGUUAAUAACGACGUUACAAACGGUUAUGGAGGCGAGCGUGGCGAGUGUAACAAAACGGAGCGUCAGACGGGCGAAGCGGGGACUGGAAACGAGCCAACCCUGAGCGACUUGACGACUUCGGAUGUACAAGGAGUUGAGUUUGUAACCGUUACAGGUCAGCGCCGUCCUACGUGUGACAGUGACAGCAACGCACUUCAGUUAGAAGAGUCUUUUAAAGAACACGUCUACUGCACUGUGUAUUGCAUCGCUAACGACGGUCAUCGAAAAGACGUUGAAAUCACAGGCGAUGAAACGGGCACGUCUGACGCAACAGAAAUGCACUUGGAGACAGCACAGGACGCGGAUUCGAGCCCCGAACCGGCACUGUACACAUUGGAGGAUCUGGUGGAUCCUUUCGGGGAUAUGGCCCACCGACUGUCCACGGAGCAGGCCGAUGCAGAGACUACGAUGCAGAGUUGCCGGGUGUGCCUGGAAGGAAAAUCCAUCGCACCCCUGCCCUGCUGCAGGAAGGCCGUGUGUGAUGAGUGUCUGAAACUCUACGUCAGCUCCCAGGUGCGCGUAGCCAAAUCUUACAUCAGCUGUCCGAUCCCAGAGUGCAGUGGCUACCUGGAGGAGGGGGUGGUGAUUUCCCAUUUAGCCAAUGAAGACGUGGCAAAAUAUCGUUACUUUUUGGAGCUGAGUCAGCUGGACUCGAGCACCAAGCCCUGCCCCCAGUGCAGUCAGUUCACCUCUCUGAAGGAGCACAACCCCAACCGCUCCGAGCACAAGUACAAGAUCCAGUGUAGCAACUGCCAGUUUGUGUGGUGCUUUAAAUGCCACGCACCAUGGCACAAUGGGGUCAAAUGUCGUGACUACAGGAGAGGAGACAAGCUGCUGCGAAGCUGGGCUAGUGUCAUAGAGCACGGACAAAGAAAUGCCCAGAAAUGUCCACGGUGCAAGAUUCAUAUUCAACGUACAGAGGGGUGUGACCACAUGACAUGUACGCAGUGUAAUACUAACUUCUGUUACCGCUGUGGAGAGCGCUACCGACACCUAAGGUUUUUUGGAGACCACACAUCCAACCUGAGCGUGUUUGGAUGCAAGUAUCGCUAUCUACCUAAUAAACCUCAUCUGAGACGGCUAAUCAGAGGGUCCGUCUGUGCCACUAAGCUGCUAAUAGCUCCAGUGGUCACUUUGCUGGUCGUGGUGCUCGGAGCCCUCGCGCUGGUGAUAGGUUUGGUCGUUUUCCCGGUCUACUAUGUGUGUAAGAGGAGGAAGAAGCAGCGCACACAGGGCUCCGGGCGCUGGAUUUGAAACCUGCUCUGCUUUUCAUCUAGGCCAGGCUCACACAGCUUGAAAGACAACGCCCGAAUCUCCUCAGGGAUGAACACGCCUGCCUGAGUCAUUGCGGAAAGUCUGAAAUUAACAAUACCAAUUAGCGGCGUACAUAAACUAAUAGAGCAAUGAUGCCUGGAUGAUCACACAAGCAUUUUGUAUCUAAUGAGACCACUGCUGCAAAAGGAAUUCUUUCAUCAGGUUAUACUGGCUACUCCACCACUGUCUCGGACAGUGCUCUUCACACAAUGGAAAUGUUUGACUCCCUUAAAUCUCAACCAAAUUUCACAGCCGCCAACCGUUUUAGGCAGAUAACUCUCUUGGUGGCCAACUCUUGUCCCAGACACAUUGUAGGAAGUAGCCUAGCCGUGUCUGUUGGCUGAUUUUGACUCUUCUGACACACAUUUAACAACUGCUAUCUUUCUUUCAGGAGAACAAACUCAAAUAAUAGACUGAUGCAGUUUUGUUUACCCCCUGCACUAGAGAGAAUGUGCUAAAGGAGUGCGCUUGGAGCAUUUUCGUUAGCCUGAUAUGAUGAAAUGCUAUUAUAUGAAUACUGAGAGUAGAAGGUUUUAAAUGUUUGAGUAAGAUACUGGAAAUGAUGAACCCCGACUGAAAAGGAUAGGAGCUCACUGAUGAACAGAGAAAUGUGAGAAAAUAAUAUCUUCCUUGCUGAACUUUUGCAAAAGCUGCUUCAGUUGUUUGUGCUGCAAUUGGCAAGGGACAAAUGCAAGAUGGAAACUGAAUGUGGAGCGAGCCUUGAUGGAAAAAGCUGGACAUUGAAUUUGUUCAUCUUUCUCUGUUGAAGGCUCAGUUUUCAUUGGAUAUUUAAAAUCCCAUUGGGAUUUGAGUUGAGCACUCACUAUUCAAAAUAAUAUGAGAGGACUGAACUUGGAAGGAUGGAAUGAUGCUGCUGAACUGUUCUUGGCCCACCUGGAUAACCUUGACUUGAAAGUUGGGUCAUGUGUCCCCACCUAACUCUAACUCUACGCUUUAAAAAAGGGGUCCUGUUUGCAAACACACAGCCAGCCCACUGACCCCUAGAUUAAAUAUUGACAACGCCAAGUGGAAUGUUUGGGAGCCUCCAUUGUUUUCUGUUGUUUCCCCACCUUCUAUCUGUCCCCAUCUUCCUCGCCAUCUGCCUGGCUGGAUGGUGGCUCACACACACCCUCCCUGCCUGGCAGGUCGUCUCUCUGCUGUGGCCCCAUACUGUAUUGCCAGUAUCUGCAUCAUCAAAAAAAAUAAAUAAUAUAAAUAGCUGCUGUGCGGCAAUUGUGCCAAAACAAAUUGCUGAAUGUGGCAGGACAGGCCUGUCCCUUUGUUUUUUUUUUGUUGUUAUUGUUUUGUAGGGGAUGCCUGUUGCAGAGGUUUGGGGCGGUGAUGCUGUCAGUGUGUAGUGGAGUCUGCAUGAAUAAAUAGACGUAGAGGCUCUAUCAGAUUACACAAGCUGUAGAUAGUUCCCGGAUGAAAUGACUGAACAUACUAUUGCAAAUGGUACCUGUAGAUAAACAGAAUAAAGUAUUUAAGAUGUAACUUUUCAUUUUUAUGUAGUCUGGGUGAUGGUUUGCUUAAGAGCUAAACGUGGUGUUAAGUUAAAGAAAUUAACUCAGAGGUUACCAUCAGGUUGCUGUGCACUGAAUAUGUGGUAUAUUAAAUUAGGAUGUUAAUAAUUAGGUGAUCAGGUUUUGAAUGUUUGAUGCAGAGUUCGGUUUAGUGUCUGAUUUUUUGCAGUGAUAAGAGGACAUCAGUCUGCUUGAGAGUUUGUAUUGUGAUGUAGUGGUUUUUUGAACGUACACAUAUGCCCUCUUGGCUCAUUCACACUGGCACAUACUGCAAGAAAGCACACACAUGGAGUGCUGCCAGGGAACAGGAGAUUUUCGAGAGCUUUAAAGGCCGUCACCUGGUAGCACUCAGCUUGCUGUCCUUCACUUAUCCCUCUAUCCUCUCCUCCCUGCUGUCAGUCCUUAGUUUUGAAAAUGAGUGCGCAUCCACUGGAGCUGUGGCUAGUGUUCAGCCACAAAAAAAAAAAUCAUGCGAACUUGAUGCUUUUGAGCCUCUAAUAUGUGAAAAUAACACAGAGCUACCUGUGGUGCACACUGCGGUCAAGUACAAGUGGUUUUCCACAUUAGCCAUAGAUUUAUUUUGUGUUUGUGUGUGUUUAUCCCAGUCCCACCACUACAUGGAGUGAUCAGUUUUGUUGUUUUAUUGCUCCAUCAUGAGAUGUUUAUGAAGACGUUUGAAUGGAGAGACUCAAGGAAAAGAAAAGACAAGGAUGAGCACAAUAUAACGGCACACAAGAGAUGCUACAUUGAAGCCAGUGAAGCGGAAUGAUAAGAUGAUUAAACAUGGAGGGGAAAUGUCUCCACUGGAAACAAACACUUCAAUGCAUUUUAAAGUGCUCACCAGUGGAAUAUAUCCUGAGUGUGACAGCACAUUUCAUCACUGAAUUUUCACUAAAACCAGGAUUUAAGGCACGAAGUUGGUGUUCACGCAUGUUGGACAUUUUUGCAGUGCUAUGCCAUGAGCUUUUGUCCCAGGGAUCAGAAACAUUUUUAACAUCUGGGAGUUCAUCAAUACCAACUGUUCCUGAAUGGCACAGAAAAAGAUCUUUGUUACACACUGCUUUCAGUAGGUCCUGACUCUGGGGUUGAAUCCACUCUCAGGGAGUUUGUUUUCUGUUCACUGUCCCCAGAGCCCUCCAUCCACACGAGUUGUGCCACAGAAAUCAGCACCAGGAAGUAAAAACAUUGUAAUGUAGUCAAAAGAGACCUCGGUUAUGCAAACGUCUGUGUUUUCCCAGCAUGACUCGGUGUUGUGUACGCUGCGUGGGGUUCAGGGGGGUUGAACCUGGGAAUAAAAAGUGGAACAAGAAGCUAUGCGUUUGUAACUCACCGCUGGGAAAUUAAAUGUUAUGCGCCAAACAAAAAUAUUGAAACUAUCUAAUUAAGAAUUGUUCACUUGCAUCAUGUGCAUCAAUGUUUUAUCUAACUGCUCAGCUAGUACCACACUGACACGUUGAACUGCUGCAUUUCUUUUUUGUUUGAGUGACAUACUGACAUGUGACAUUUGUACUUACAAAAAUCUUUAGCACAGAGAAAUGCAUCAGCAGUCAAAUUAGUUUAAUAAGUGUUGUUUUGUUUUUUUUUACAAUGCCAUAAACGUAAAUUGUUUUACUAUUUCCAUGUCAUUUUAUCAAAUACGUUGCCCUGCACUUUACACUUUACCACAGCUGAAACGAUAAGCCCAUUGAGUAGCUUAUUUCCAUAAAAUUAACAAAGGAUAUCUCUGAUAAUUGAUCAGUCAUUUACAUCAUUUAUCUAACGUUUGCAUGGGUUUACAGUCAGAUUUAUUUGCCAAUUUUGCUGCCAGACAGUAAUUUAAAAUCUGAAUUUCUUCUACAUUGAUCAGCUACAGGACAAAUGUAAAUGAAUAAGGUUUUCUGGCAGCAUGAUAUUUGUCCUGGUCUGCUCCUCAUAUGUGGUUUCUUUCUUGUGUGUGUUCAGAAUUCUGCUGACUGAUUCAAUGUUAAGAUGGCACGUGGAAACGCCAUAAUGUGCUUUGUUUUGUUGUUGUUGUGUUCUUACAUAUUACUGACUUGAUCGCUGACAUUUAUCUAGACAUAAAGCAACUGUUUGGGUGAAGCUUUUACAUGUAAAAAGAAAAGUUAUAUAUAUAUACAUAUAUCAAUUAAUUCAGCUACAUGAGGUAUUUUGGCCAAUGAUUUUUCUUUUGCUGGGGUGUAUCGGCAGGCUGAUACCCCUGGCCUUUUUCUUUGUGGUAUUUGCAUACAUAUGCAAUAGUGCCUUCACAGCCAUAAUAGAUCAGGGUUUGCCAUCAGGGCCCCUGCGUGACUCCGAAGAUUACAAAUGGGGGUAAAAUAUGUCACAGCCUCACUGAGCUGUGUGUUAUGUGUUAGAACAGCUAAAGCAAAGCAGAAUACAUUAUAAUAUGGGGCUCUGAAUGUAAAAGAAAAGUGUGUGGGUCCAUUGUUAAAUAUAUCUAUUGGAUCUAUUCAUCUGUUACCCCAACACACAGGGCAACGUGCAGUGCAAUCAGGCCUUCAAUUAACAUGUGUUUUUUUUUUUUGGCUGAAACAGUUAAUAGCUAAAGAUAAACCUCUAAAAACUUUAGAGGUACCACUCUACAGGGUGUCAGCUAUAUCCCAGAUACUCUUGUAGUUUAGUGCACUUUAUUUUGGCUCAUAUCAACCUCACUCUUUGGACUGUAGAUAAAAUGAGGAAGCAGUGGCACAGCCAACCCCGGUCAUUUUGCUAGAUGCUCAGUGAAGGAAGUGAUUAUACCAAAAAGAUGUGUCAUUGUCACCAAAUCAAAUGUCUAGUUAGGGACAGUAUAUCAUAGUUUUCAUUCAUUUCAACUCAGGAGGCCUGUGGAUAUUAGCAGUACAUGGUGUAUUAUCAGUAACAUCAGGAUGUUUUCCCCAUCUAGAUAUGCAAACGGCAACAUUUAUGUCUUUACACCACUUAGUUUUCAAGGAUAUUUCUAUUUGAAGAAAUGUCUUAAAAUUCAUUACUGUGCACCUUGUUUGCACCAAGAACAGAUUCUGCUGCCACUGUUACAAAUGUCUGCUGAUAUUGUUAUUGCUCACUUAGCCAGGCACAAACAUUGUUUUCAUCUGAGGAUCUGAUGAUGAAUAAAGUGGGUCAUAUGCUAAAA